AUGUUUUCUGAAGAAGAAACAGAAACGAAUAAAGAAAAAGGAGAAGAAGAGACAAUGGAAAAUAGAAUUAGUAUUGCUCAAAGAAUGGCAAAAAUGAGUAGGAAAAUUGAUAAAUGGUUAAAAAGUUUGGAUGUUGAUGAAGAAGAGAAGGUGGAGGAGGAAGAAAAUUUUGAGAAAAUCCCCAAAUCUCCAUCAUUUGUAGUUGAACAAUCAUUAAAUGAAAAUUCAAUUCUCGCCGCUUAUUUAGAUACUUUAUCUUUGUGUAUUAGUGUUAGUGCUAUAGAACAAUGCUCGAUAACAUUUUCACAAAUUGUUGAAAAAUUUUCAAGAAAUGAAGCAGCAGAUAUUGUUUAUUUUGCAAUAAAAGAGUUUAUGACAAAAGAAAGAUUCCUUCCACAUUUUUCAACGGAAGAUGAUAACAGCAGCAGUUCCUUAUCGGCGAAUAAUUGUUAUAUAAUUUUGGUUGAUGAAGAAAAACAAAAACAGAGUGAAAAUCUCAAUGAUAAUUAUGAAUCUACUAAAACAAAUGACACGAAUAAUAAAAAUGAAAAGUGUAGACCCUUAAUUCCAAUGAUUACAAUUGAUUUACCAGAAGAGGAGGAAGAAGAAGAAAUAAUUGAGGAAAGCAUCUUAAAUGAAGAUUUAAAUAAGGAAGAACAGAAUUAUGAAGAAAAUACUCAAGCAGUACUUACAGAAGUUGGGGAAGUACAUGAAGAAAGCGAUAAUUCUGGUCAAACUUCUGGCGCAGAUACGGAAGGACCUAGUUCUUUUGAAGAAGAAGAAUAUAUCGAAAGACAAAUUACUUUAGUUGAGGUUCAUGAGGGAGAAUAUGAUGAUUUGAAAGAAGAAAUGAGUGAAACUUUGGCUGAAAAUAAAGCAAUAGAAAUAUCGGGUUGUUUAUCUAGUGAAGAAAGUCGGCAUUCUUUAAAGGAUAAAAAAUUUGACGAAAUUGGGGAAAAUCAAAAAGAAGAAAAACAAUCUUGUUCAACACCAACCACAAGUUCAAGCAGUACAUCCCUCGCAGAUACACCCGUUUCUUCACUUUCUAUUCAAGAUAUCAUCGAAAAAGUAAUUAAAGAAGAGAUUGGAGAUGAAAAAAUUAAAGAAGAAGAAGAAGGGCAUCUUCCAUUUAAAGGUGUUGAUGACUUAGAAGAGGAAAUUAAACAAAACCAAAAGAAUUUACCUUGUAUUUCUUUAAUUUCUGAAAAUAUUUUUGAAUUUAAAAAUCAGAAAGAAUGUGAAUGUAAUUUUGUAUUAAAAAAAGAAGAAAAAGAGGAAAUAAUUGGAGAAUUUAUAAAAGAAAAAGAAUUAAUAUUUGAAGAGAAACAAGAAUUAAAAGAAAUUGAACAAAAACAGCAAACAAAUAAAGAAGAUGAUUUAACUGAUUGGUUAAGUCAAUUAGUUGCUGAAGGAACUGAAAAUUGUGUUGAAACAUCUAAAGUAGAAGAAUUUGUUAUUGAAGACGGAGAAAAUGAUUUGUGGAGUAUGGACAAUAACAAAAUUGAGCAUUUAGUUAAAGAAAACGAAAUUGAUGAAACGACAAACAUUUUUCCAACAGAAUUAAAACAAAUAGAAGGGGAUGCAUUGGAAAAUUCUUUUUCUUCAUCUUCUAGCGUUGAUACUUCUCUUAAUUUAAAGUCAAAAGAACAAUUAAAUGAAGGAGACGACAAUAUACUAUCCUUAAAAGAAGAAGAAAAAGAAGAAGAUUCUUUUAAAGAAAAAGAAGAGGAUUUAAUUCCAUUUAAUAUAAAUCAGGUUGUUUCUGUUGUAAUACAACCACCUUCCCCUCCACCACGACCUCCACUACCUAAUUUAAUGUUAAAACAACAAACUGAAGAAAUUUUUGAAGAAAAUGAAUGGCAAGAAAAGGAAAAGGUUUUAAGCAAUAUAUCAAAUAUAGAAACUGAAAUUUCUGGAAAUAUUGAGGAGGAUAGAAUAGAAGAACAAAUUAAUAAACAUAAUGACAAUAAAAUUGAAACUGAAGAAGGGAAAGGAAGAAAUAAUUCAUUAACGAGAAGUUCAAGCAGUACAUCCAGUGCAGAUACACACAUUUCUUUAAAUGAAAGUGUAGAUGAAGAUAAUAAAAUAUUAGAUGAUGAUAAGCUGAUAAAAAAUGAAGAAUUUGUAAAUGAAGAGAUGAAAUCUGAAAUUGAAGAGUCCCCCAUUUCUUCUUCAAAAGAGGAAAGAGAAGAAAUUAAAAUAAAUGAAAAAAAAAAUUCAACCCCUUCUUCUGGAAGAACGUCAGAGGCGGACAAUAAUAGUUUAUUACUUUCUUCUGAAAAAAAUUUGGAAGAAGAAAACAAAAAUAAUAGUUCUAGUAUAUCUUCUGGCAAAACAUCCUCUGCAGAUUCUUUGUCUUCUUUAAAUUCCAUUUCAUCUGCCACUUCUAAGGAAUUAAUUAAAGUUAAAUUAAACGAGGAAAUUGAGGGCGGACCUUUAACUUCUACCAAUUUUGAGGGUAAUUUAACUAAAGAAGAAAUUGAACAUAUUGAAAGAAUUAAUAAAUUAGCUGAAAUGGAAGGGGGUAAAAUUGAAUUUAUGGAAAUUGGUACGAAUAAGUCUGAUCAACAAUUUAAUAAAAACAAUGAGAAUACUUUAAUAACUGAAACUAAUAAAUUAAUUUCUGAUGAAAAGGAAGAAUUAAAAUUUCCAAAAUUUCCUUUUCAACAAUUUAAUGAAGAUUUAAAUAAAUUAACUGAAGAAGAAAGUAAACAAAUAAAUUUAUUAGAAAAUCAAGAUAACAAACAAAAAGAUGAAAAUAUACUAUUAGAUGAAUUAACAAUUGAAGAAAAAGAACAUAUUAGAAGAAUAGAAUUAUUGGCAGCUAAAGAAUUUAAUAAGCAAGAAUUUUUAGAAGAAGACAAGCAAAAUUCUAAAGAAUUUUUUCAAAUUGAAGAAAAUCCUCAAAAUUUUCAAGAAACUAUUUUUGACCCUUCAAUAGAUCAAAAUAAAGACCAAACAGUUGUUGGUUUAACUUUUGAAGAAUUAGAACAUAUUCAAAAUGUUCUUCGUUUGGCUGAAGAAAGUGGCUCUUUUGAUGUAAAUUUAAAUAUUACUGGAAGGAAUGGAAAGGAAAUAAAUUCAAAAAUGGAGUCAAAACCUCCUCAACAAAGCCCUUCGUCUCAUAAAACCUCAUCUUCUAGUGAAACUUCUGGAGCAGAUGACAAAAGUCUUGAAAAACAAUUUUCUGAGACUGUAGAGGAAGAAAAUAAUUUAAAUGGAAGAGUAGAGGAAGAAGGAGGGGAAGAAGGGAAUAAUCAAAAAGAUGAGGAAAAUGUUAAUGAUGAAAUUAAUGAAGAAGAGGAAGAAAAAUUACAGAAAUUAAAAAUUAAUGAAUUAUUUGCAAUAAAACAAAAAGAAAAAAUAUUUUAUCCAUCAUUUUUUGUUGAUCAACAAGAAAUUCAUGAAAAACAAGAAGAAAUUGCUGUUCAAAGGGAAUGGAGUAAAAUAAGGCAAUUAACUUUAGAUUCUGAUGAAAAACCAGAAAUUCCUUUUUGGGCAAAAAAUAUAAUGGAAAAAAUUAUUGAAAAACAAAAAAUGAAGAAAAGCAAUGAAAUUAUUGAAAAUAUUAAAGAAAAUGAAGGGGAGGAUGAGGAAAGGAAGGAAAAAAUAAAUAAAUAUGAAGAAGAAAAAAUUGAAGAAUUUAAAGAGGAAAAAAUUGAGGGUUUUAAAGAAAAGGACAUAUCCGAAGCAGAAAAACAACACUCAUCACAUUCUUCUCCUUCUACCUCCAGCGGAAGAACAUCAUUGGCUGAUUCUUCCGUUUCUGUAUCAUCAAAAUGGGAGGGAGAACCAUUUAGUGGAGAUUUACCUGAAAAAGAAGAAUCAGAAUCUUUUGAAAAUUUAAAUAUAGAAGAAAAAGAAACAAAUAAAAAUAAUAAUUUGCAAUUAACUAAAGAAGAAUUAGAACAUAUUGCUGCUAUAGAAAAACUCGCUAAUGAAGAAGGAAAUUUACAAGAAUAUUUAAUUAAUAAAGAAAAUGAAAAUUCUAAUUUUGAUGAAAUUAACCGUGAAAUGUCAGUUAAUACAUUGGCAACAUCUGAUGCAGAUACAGUUUUGACAAUUUCAAGUAUUUCCAAUAAACAACCAGAACAAAUUGAAAGUGAGGAGGAUAUUGGAAUUGAGAAUUUUACUGCCCAAAAAAUAUGUGAAGAUACUAAAGUUUUUACUCAGAUUAAAGAGAAGAUAAAUGUAGUUGAGGAAGAAGAAAAACAAUUGGAUGAACAAUUGGAUUUGAACAUUUUUCCUCAAGAGUAUUCCGAUGGGAUAAAUCAAAUAGGAGAGGACAAUAAUAAUUUGGAUUAUUUUGAUUGGAAUAAAGUAAUUGAUGGAAGUGAACUUUCUGAAUUUAAUCAAAAUGAAGAGAUUACAGGACAAGAAAUUGUUGAAGAGGGGAUGGGAAAUUUGGAAAAAGAAUUUGUUGAAGAGAAAAGCGAGAAUGGAAGGAAUGAGUUUGUUGGAGAGGAAAUAGAGAAUAUUAAAUUGGGAGGAAUGAUGGAGAAGGAAGAUAAAAUGAUCGAAGAAAGGAAUGAAGAGGAGGGAUUUAAAGACGAUACUUUAAAUGAAAUUGAUGAGCAAAAUAUAAUUAAAUUAAUUGAUGGAAUUGAAACAAAAAUAAUUAAACAAUCUACUAAAUUAUUUGAUAAGCCUCAAUUUAGCGAUUCUUCAUCAAGUAGUACAACAUCUGGGGCUGAUUCAACACAUUCAUUUGCUGAACUUUAUACAACAAAUCAAGCUCUUUCAAUGAUGGAUUCCCCUCCACAAUUUGGAAAAGUUUCGGCACCACAACUUGAUGAAUUUAAGGAAAUAUUUAAGGAAGAGGAAUUUAAAUUAAAGGAAAAUGAUAAUGAGAAAUUGAAUGAGAAGUUUAAUAAAUCAAAUACAAGUAGUAGUAGUACAACAACAUCUGAGGCAGAUUCAAUUAAUUCCUCUAGAAUAUUUAAUGAAGACAACGAAAAAAUAAAUUUAGAAAAGGAAGAAAUAAAAGAAGAAGAAAAAUCAGAAUCCCCAAAGUCCUUAACUAGCAGCACUCCAACAUCUGGAGCAGAUUCAUUACGUUCAUCAAUAUUUUCUAAAAAUGAACAUAUUGAAUCUAUAGAAAUUCAAUCUUCUGGAAUAAAUAAAAAUUUACCAAAAGAAUUUGAAGGCCAAGAAUUUCUGUUAAAAUACCAAAUCCCCAAACAAAAAUCAGUUGGCCGUUGUUCGCUUCAAUAUGGCUCUAAAGCUGUUGAUGAAGUUUAUUUGGCAGGUAAACGUGCACGUCAAUCAUCAUUAACUUAUAUACCAAAAACAAUGGUUAACUACACAAAUAUGUUGGGUGGAAGCCGAUUUAUUUCUAAAACAACAAGUAUUUCUGAUCAAAGUUUGGAAAAGGAAGAAGAAAAAGGGGGAAUUAAAAUUGAAGAAAAUAAAAAAGAAAAGAAAAAAUUUUCUAAAAUAAAAAUUGUUUUUACUGAUCAAAAAUUGAGAGAAUCAUUUUGUGAAUCAUAUCUAGAAGAGAAGAGUAAGGAAGAAAGAGUGAAAGAAAAUGUUGAAGAAGAAGGAAGUGAACAAAUUUUGAUGGAAAAUAAAAAGAAAUUUGAUAAUGUUGAUUUUUUGAUUAAAUUAGAUUUUUAUGCUCAACGAUUGAGUGAAGAAAUAGCCGAAGAAGCUGUAAAAGAUAUUAAAGAAAUUGAACUUAUUAGAAAAAAUCCAAGAGCAGUUUAUUUUGAUGAUCAAUUUAAAGAAUAUUUGCUACAAGAAUGUGAAGAAGAGCAAGAGGAGGAGGAGGAAGAGGAGGAAGGAUUAUUAGAGAAAAAUAAUGAAAAAGAAAAAUUAAUUGAAGAAAUAGGAGAUUCUGUUGAAAAUGAUGAUUGGAAAUCAAAAGAAAAUAUGAUGAGUGAAUUCUUUGUUGAACCUAUAAACAAUGGAAAUAAGGAAAGGAGGAAUACUUUUGCUAAUUCACUUGCAAUGCUUUCCUCAACAUUUUUGGGACGUAAGAAGAGUUUUGUUUCUUCUGAUAAACCGAGGCUCAAAAGAAAUACAAGUGAAAUUUAUGGAAAGGGGGCAGAGUCAACACAAACAUCUUCAUUUAUGGGAUUGUUGAGAAAAUCAUCUAUAAUUGCAAAUCAAUCUGCCCUUUUCCGCUCCUCAUCAACGUGUGAAGAAGACACAAACAUUGAUUUGCCAGAAGAAGCACUGGCUGGAUUAACUGAAGAAGAGCGUUCUCAUAUUUUUAAAGUUAUGGCUGAAUCACGUCAACGAACAAAUUUAAUUCAAAAAAUAAAUGUUGAGGAGCAAAUACCUUUGCAACUAAAUCCUUUAGAAAUGGAAAUCUCUCUUUCAAUGGGAGAAUUUAAUGAAAAACAAGUGGAAAAGUUGGAUGAAGGGGAAAUGAUGAAGGGUGAUGAAUUUAUAGUAGAAGAAUUGUUUGGUGAUGAAUUGAAUAGGGAGAAUGAAGAAUUAGAAGUAAAUGAUUCGAAUGAAGAAUUAAAUGAAGAGAAGGAGGAGGUGAUUGAAGUUGAAGAUUAUUUAGAUAAAUUUAAAAAGGAGGAGGAAGAGGAAGAAUUAUUAAAGAAACUAAUUAAGAAAGAAACAAAAGAAGAUUUAAAAACAUCAAAAUUUGGAUUUGGAGGGUUUUUAUCAUUUUCACAACGUUUAGCAACUAAAGUAUCAGAUACAUUUACAGUUAGUAAUGUUGAUGAUGAAGAAUUAAAUAAAGAUAACCAAAUAGAAGAUCAGUCAUUAACUGAAAUACUUUUAACAGAAAAAUCAAAAGAGACCCCAAAACAUGAAUUAACAGAAGAAGAAUUAGAACAUAUUCGAAGAGUAACAGAAUUGGCAGCUUUAAGUUUAGAAAAUAAUUUUGAAGAAUUAAAAGAAAGAAAUAAUCAAAAAUCAUUAAUAAAUAAAGAAAUAAUAAUUUUAAAAGAAAAUAAAAAAGAAAUUUUGGUUGAAGAAAAUAAAGAAAUAAAUGAAGUAGAAGAAAUUUUAGAAGACAAAAAAAUAAUAAAAGAAAAAGAAUCUAGUAGUAGUAAUUCUUCACCUUUUUGUCCAGAAUUUUGGCUUCAAAAUAAUCAAACAAAGUCUGAAAAAGAAAUUUUUGAAAUGGCUAAUAAUAAUCAGAAUAUUAUUGAUAGUAGAAGUAGUAGUGGAAUUGGUGAUUCUGAAGGUGAACAAAGUGGAAUUGAAUGUGUUGGGGAAAGUAGUAUAUUACGUUUUAACCAAUUUUCUGGCACAUCAUCAACUUCUUAUCCACCCCCUCGACCUCCACCCCCACCAAUAAUGUGGAGAAGUAAAAGCAUUGAACAAAACCAAAUAAAUAAUUCAUUAACUUCUUCAUUUAAUCAUUCAAACGAGACAGAAGAAAAUAAAGAAGAAAAGGAAGAAUCUCAACGUGUUCUUGAUGAAAUAUGUUGGUUUAAAAAUGAAUUAGAACGUAUGAAUGUUGCUUUAAUGUCUGUUGAUGAUGAUAAUGAUAAUAUAGAACAACAACAAAAUAAAAAUAAUGAUGAAUGUUUAGAAAAAGUUUUUGAAGAAGAAGGUAAUUUAUAUUUAGUUUUGGGAGUAAAUGAAGCAAAAAUAUUUAAUAAUAAUUUUAAAAUAUUAUUUUUUAUUUAA